AUGCCUCACAUGGAAUCGCCGCCACCAAAAACCCAACAACCAAGGCCCUCGGGCUCAUCAUCGAAUCUCCAGCCCAAAUCGAUACCCCCUCAAAUCCGAAUCAAAAAUCGACGAAAACUAUACCUCGACCGCAAUCCUUCAUAUUUCACGUCACCUGACCUUGAACUCCUAGAUCCAUUACUCUACGACCGUUGCAUACGUCGUUUUCAAACCCCAGAGGAGCGAGAAGCAGACGGGCGCUCAAAGGGCUAUUCUGGUGUGCUGGAAGCAGAUCUGUAUCGCUCGGAGGCGAAACUAGCUGCCUUGAAAACGACAUCUGAGUUCCAAGACCAAAAUGAAGGUCCAGCUGCAUCUUCAGCUUCCCAACCCCACGUCCCCUUUGUAAGCUAUGUAAGAGGCAAGGAUGGCGAGGUGUUACCGGAAGAUGAAGAUGAGGUUCCGAAUACGAAGGAAGAGGGGCUAGAGAGGUGGAAGUUUGAGAUGACGAUACGCUUUCUGAGAGGCGAGGAUCCGGACUUUGAGUAUGAGAAGGUGGAUGAGAAUGAGGAAUACGAUGAUGUGGAGAGGGAGGAAGAGGAGGAUAGGUGGUUUGAGGAGGAAGAUCCGGAGUGGGAGAGGACGCCGCGGGAGAGUGAGACGGGCAUUCAAGAUUUUUGA